ACAAAAAAUACAUCCGAAGCAAAUACGCAUUGUUUUGUUUGUAGCGUCGCUUCGAGAUAACGCAUUCGUCUCGCGGCUAUCGGAGAAGUGAACGUGUUUUUAAUUCCAAUUUCAAAUACAACCUCUUUUAAUGAAACUGGUGCUUUAUAAAAAAGAAAACUCUGUAUUAUCUGUGGUUUGGCAGUUUGAGGUGACAGUGUUUUUGGCGGGAAAGGGGAAUUUUUAUAAUGUAAUUGGAGCUAAAUACAAAGAUGCCGUUUAUAGACAUCGCCUUCCAAGCUGAGAUUAGCCGCUUCGAGGACACGGAGUUCGAAGAGGUGGCCCGGAGGAACUGCGGAGAGGACCCCGAUACGAGGCAGCAGGCUAUAGAGGAGCUUAGAAGCAUGAUAUUAGAGCGAGGCAUGUGUAACCCACGUCGUAUGGAUGACGCCUAUCUACUGCGGUUUCUGCGAUGUCGCCGGUUCAUUCCCGCCCUUACACAUAAAUUGAUGGUACGAUACGAGGAAUUCCGCAGAAAGAACUCCUAUCUAUACGACUGCAACGCAUUCGGUCUGCAAAAAGUGAAACAUGUAUACGGAGGCACAUUACCCGAUAGUCCAGAUAAUGGCAGGAUCACGCUUAUGAGGUUCGGUAGGUGGAACGUAGAAGAAGUCCCCAUAGAGGACGUAGUACGAUGUGCGCUAUUGAUGGACGAAAUAGCGGCAAUGCAGCCUCGCCUGCAGAUCCUGGGAGUCACCAUAAUUGUGGAUCUGGAAGGCCUGGGCAUGAGGCAUGUACGGCCCCUCACUAGGACGGUUGCUGGCCAGAUUGUAGCUUUAAUGGGGGUAUCAUUCCCAAUCCACAUCCACGCGGUCCACGUGAUCAACUACAACUGGAUCCUCAGUAGCUUCUUUAGUCUUUUCAAGCAAUUUAUUCCCGCAGCUGCUUGGGCUAGACUCCACUUCCAUGGCCACGAUAUGUCCUCCCUUCACAAACACAUAGAUCCUGAAUACCUCCCGCAGGAGUAUGGAGGAAGGUGCCAACACGUGAUCAGUACUGAGGAGUGGCUUCGGAAGAUCAAUAUGUAUAAAGAUGAGUUUAUGGCUCAGGAAUUAAGAGCGCUAGGCUUCACGGUCGAUGAUACUAAAAGUGAGUGCAGUGAUGUGUAGGAAAGUUUCGGACAAUAAUGCAGGAAUUUGGUAGUUUUGGUAAAUUUACGUUUGGACAAUGUCUUUGCAGGAACGAUAUUUAGUAAUUUUAGUAAAUUCAGGUUUGGAACGAUGGUGUGGAAAGUUAGGAGGAUAAAUUUUAAGUUUGAAAUAUGAAUAGAACUUUAUGUAGGGCAUUUUCUGAGAAAUACCUAUUUACAACGCGCUUUAUAAGCGUUUAACACGAACACUAAGUAAAUUAUUAAUUUGGAUACACAUUCAGUUUUAAUUGUUAAGGUCAUUUCCUGUCUGAGGAGUAUCUGUAACGUAUUGUUUAAGAUUAAACCAAUUAUAUGUGUUAUUGAGGCAUCUAUUACAAUUUACAAACGCUUUAAUAAUAUAACUAUGUACAAACUGGGCAUUUACGAUUUUAAUAAGAGACUAUAAGAAAAUAGAGUUACAAUACCAUUUGUUAUAAUAUAUAGGUUUUAGUAAGAAACUAAUACUAAACAAAUAACAUUUCAAAUAAUAUACUUAAGUCCAAUUAAUCAAAUAUUACUGUAAGGGGACGUGAUUACUACUGCCAAAUUAAUGGUCAUCAAAAAUAUUCUUCGCAAAAUUGAGUAGGAUCUGGACAGUUUUUAAAAAACGUUUCAGUAACCUAAAACUGAACAAAAUUUGGCUUCAUAUGACUUCUGGUAUAUUAUAAGCUUCUGACUUCUUCCUACAUAUAGAGAAGUAUUAAAAUAGUUGUCACAAUCUUAUAAAAAACAUCAGAGAUCAUUAUGCCGGAUUGUAGACGACCAAGAAAAAAUUUUAUACUAAUAAUUGUAUUGUAUAGUAAAAAUAAUACUGACUCCUAAGUGUCGGACAGCUCUCUUUUGUAGUAAGUAUGUUGUAUUGAUGGAUACUUUAUAGAAUUGUUUACAAAAUAGAGGUAAGGUCCAGUUUUAUAAACUUAGAAAUAUUUUAGUAGUUAUGUAGUAAUAAGUUUUGAUCCUCAAAACGUUACUAGUAAUUUUAGACUGGGAUAUCCUAAGAUCGGUGAUAAAACGCAUUUUGAUACUCAUAAUAUUUUAUUUGUAUAUUAAAUGUGAAUAUAUGAUUUAAUAAUGUA